AGAAGCAGCAGCAGUGACGUAGAAAAAUCGCAACACCCCUGUCAAUUUAGCCCUUCAUCACAAACAUCCAUAUCAUUCCUUCUCCCCCAUUGGUUUCACUGCUUCUCUCUUUGAAUUGAAUCCACAAUCCAAGACCCUUUUGGUUCUCAUCGUAAUCGGAGGCUCGGCAAAUCGGGGUGUGAAAGUUUGGGGCUUUAUCCGAAAACGACGACGGAUCAGGCGGCGGAGACGAGGGCGGAGCCGGACUGUAUGGUAGGUCCGGUGGUGGAGGCGAGAAGGGGUGGACAUGACUGUAUGGUUGGGUUGGAGUGCUUUUUGGACAUCGUCAGGGCUCUUGGGAUGGGCUCGUGCCUCUCCGUCACCGGUGACAGCGCCGCCGGCUACGGCCGGGUUUCGUCAUCCGCGCCGAGCAGCAAGAGGAGGAGGAGGUUGACCGGGAACUCGUCGUCUCCGGCGGGGGCCACGUCGCCGGUCUCGUCGGCGACGAGUUCCAUGGAGAUGUGGCUGCAUAGGGUUCCGGGGAGGUUGUUCCUUAAUGGCUUCUCUGAUGUGGCUUCCCUGUUCAGCAAGCAAGGGAAGAAGGGUGUCAAUCAGGAUGCUAUGAUUGCUUGGGAGAAUUUCGGCUCGAAAGAAGACACAAUAUUUUGUGGUGUUUUUGAUGGGCAUGGUCCUAGUGGUCAUAUGGUGGCGAAGAAGGUGAGGGAUUCUCUACCUUUGAAGGUCAGCUCGCAGUGGGUGUUGAACACCACGGAUGCUAACCGCGCCGGUGCAUCUGAGGAGAAUAAGGAUAGCCAUGGUGAAUUUUUUGCCACGUUGAAAGAUUCAUUUUUGAAGGCUUUCAAAGUCAUGGACAAGGAACUUAAGUUGCAUCCUCGUAUUGAUUGCUACUGCAGUGGGACAACUGCGGUUACCAUGGUCAAGCAGGGUCAGGAUCUUGUUAUUGCAAAUAUUGGGGACUCUAGAGCUGUGUUAGGCACAAGAGAUGAAGAGGGUUCUCUCGUUGCAGUUCAGUUGACUGUAGACUUGAAGCCAAAUCUUCCUAGGGAAGCCGAGAGGAUCACCUUACGUAAAGGUCGAGUAUUUGCUCUCCACAAUGAGCCUGAUGUCUCUCGAGUUUGGUUGCCUAACAGUAACUCACCUGGGCUUGCUAUGGCCCGGGCUUUUGGAGAUUUCUGCCUAAAGGAUUAUGGUUUAAUCUCUGUCCCUGAUAUUUCUUACCGUCGCCUCACUGACAAGGAUGAGUUUGUAGUAUUGGCUACAGAUGGGAUAUGGGAUGUUCUCUCAAACAAAGAAGUUGUGGAGAUAGUAGCAGCAAGCCCACGACCAUCUGCUGCUCGAGCCCUGGUGGAGUUGGCCAAUCGAGCUUGGAAAUUUAAAUACCCAUAUGCCAAGACUGAUGACUGUGCCGUUGUUUGCCUCUUCCUUACUUCUGGUGCUUCAGUCAAUACUUCCCUUACCACCCCAGAGGGGAAAGUGAACUCGUUAGAAGUAGUUGACGUUGGUGGUGACAGCUUAAUUGUUUGAGGAACUUCAGAAAUACUAUGUGAAAAAUUGGCUAUGAGGAUGGGAGUUGGUACAAGAGCAUCAGUUGCAUGCUUUACUUUUUGACGUGGUACACUCACCUAUUCCUGAGCCUUCUUGAUUUGAGCAGUAGCAAGAUUUUAUUAGCUCUGUUCUUAUUGUGUAUAUUUCUCGUCAUUCUUUCAACCAUUUAUUGAUUUUUUUUAGUUUUUGGUUCUUCCAAAAUCCUGGAAAAAGAUAAAGGGUGUAUUUAGAUUGGUUUGAAAGGGAGCCUUGGAACUCAUCCCCUUCCAUGUCUGGUGCUAUUUCUUCUCUAGUGUUGUGGUCUCUUCUUUUUGGUCUUUUUCAUAUUGUAAAUACAAUCUUCAAGCUUUCUAGUACAUUACAAAGGCUACUGUGGUUUUGUGC